AAAUAUUAUUUUUUCCUAAAAUCAAAUUAUCAAAAUGAAUAACCGGCUUUAAUUUUACGAAGAAGGAACAGUUUCAAUUCGCCCAAAAUUAUAUUAAAAAAAGAGAAAAAAAAAAAGCACCGAUUCGAUCUCGUUUUCAGUUCUUACAUUUACAUUUACAUUUGCCUUUGUCUAUGAUUUAUUUGUUUAUUUUCCAGAUUUGUUGUUCUUCCUACGUUCAAUUACACCGUCUCCAGGAAAAUCUAGUGGAUAUUUUAAUUAACUGACGAUUGUGUUAUUCAAUCGAAUUCUACUGUGAAACGAUGAUGGAAGAAUUAACAAGCAGAUCAGAGAUACGAAAGGAGUUAGAGAGGGAACGCCGUCGUUUAAGGGAUAGGCAAAGAAGGCAAUCAAUGAGCCUUGAGGAAAAAGAAAAGCAUUUAGCCAGACGUCGAAGGAACUAUCAAUUGCGAAGACAAAGAGCCGAAAUGGCUCGAUUAAACCCUCCUAUGUCACCAAUUCAAUUACCUUUAAGUAAUGCUUUAACUUGUGUUUCGGUUUCGGAUGUUAGUCCUCAGUGUAAUGCUGAUGUUGCUGUUGCUGCUGAUGCUGAUGCUUUUCUAAGAACGGAUCACGGACAACAAGAAAGACUGAUGCUUGAUACAGGAAACGCCCACAGUUUGGAUAUCCCUGCUCAUAAGUUAGCUAUUUUACCUGGAAAGGUACGUUUGAAUCGCAUAAAACAUCUGGCUCGAGCAAUAAAUGAUCCUGUUGGUGAUGGGGUUUCAAUUGGUGGGCUGAUGAAGGAAAAUGGAACUUCCAAUUGUUUAAGUUCAAAAGGAUUGCGAUUGAAUCGUAUUAAACGACUUGCUCGAACAACAAAUCCUGCUGUGCAAGAGAUUCUUAGUCAAAGCCAUCAAAGCAUAACAGAAGGGUGAACAUCUCUGGUCUGGUGUAACUAUUGAAGAACAUACAAAUCAGUCAUAUACAAUCCUGUUUUGGCUCCUCCCCAGAUUCUUUCGGUAUAAGAUUUGAUGUGGAGAAAAAGGAUGACAGCCAAGGAAGAUGAUAUUGCCAACUUGCUGUACAUAAUAAGGUCAGGGUAGUUUAGAAUAGAAUUUUGUGGUGAUGAAAAGAGCCAUAUGCUAGGACUUGAUUUUUUUAAAAUGUGAAGGGGAGGGGUUUUUAACAAAUAUUUAUGAUAUGAUAUGAUAUGAUUUAGUCCCUCCCCACUAAAAUUUUUAGUGACUUUUCUCAUUCAUUUGGAUCAAUCUUCAGUGCAAUGACCUCUCUUGUUUUACCAUCACUUGGAUCAAUCUAUCCUACAAGUUUUGGUUUCUCAUUUUUUAUGUUUUUCAUCGUUUAUUAUAGAUCAAGUCAAGUUUAUUUGAUUAUGAUAAAAAAGAA